AUGGUCCACCCCCACCACCUGAUCAAGCGCUGUAAGGUGUGCUCCGACCAGGCGCCCGGCUUCAACUUUCAGGGGCUGAGCUGCGACUCCUGUAAGGCCUUCUUCCGGCGGAACGCCCACCGAGAGUGCACCUUCCGCUGCAUCAACGGCACCACCGGCCAGUGCCAGGUGAACCUGAUCAAUCGGAAGAAGUGCAAAGCCUGUCGCCUCUUCAAGUGCCUCCACGUGGCCGGCAUGCAGAAGGAGCGCAUUCGAAGAGGUGAGGAGAGAAGCUAUCAGCAACAGCAACAGCAACAGCAACAGCAGACACAACUCUCGCCCUUUGACCCUAACUUCCGGUGCCUGGACAGCAACAGUCUGCAGCUGUACGAGCAGCGUCAGCUGGCGCUGGUGGAGUACGCCUUUGGCGCCUACCUCGACGAGACCAACCUGCCCAUUGUCGGCCGGCUGGAGACGCCCAGCGAGAUACUGAACCUGCCCGGGGAGUACAUCGUCUCGACGAUUCGCUUCUGCAAGCGGCUGCCCGCCUUCCGCAGCCUGCCCGCCGCCGACCAGCUGAUCCUCUUCAAGGGCUUCUUUCCGGAGAAGAACUCAGUUCGGGUGUCGUACAAGUACGACCAGGAGAUUGACGGCUGGACGGGCGUCCGCGACUACCAGGAGCCGCAGCAACGACACGGCGUCCUCGUCACCCUCAAGAACAUGCGCCCCUGGGCCUGUGAGGAGCUGGUGUCGGUCUUCUUCAGCUUCAUCCGGCAGCUGCACGAGGAGAUGGAGGAUGAUGUCAAUAUUCGCAAUUUGGUAGGAGAGUUUGGAGAGUUCUAG